AUGGCAUUCCGCGCGCAAAGCAUACGACAUCUAAGUCGACCAGUGGUCUCUAAUUUAACCACACAAUCCUCUCGGUCAGGAAUUUCUCGAACAAUCCAGCGAAAUGCAAGCAUGAUGCUCAGUCAACACCGCGCACAACCCGCUCAAAGCCAAACAACUCUAUCUCGACCCCAGCCAUCAAUCCUAUCUUCGCCCUCGCCCUCGCUGAACUCCCGAUUCGCAUCCACAAAGUCAGGAAUAGACACAGCAGCCGGUGAAUCAUCUCUAGUCGGCGCCCCAGACAUAACAAACUACUACACGAUCUUCCCGCUCUCAAUUCCAUCCGGCCCACCACCAUCCUCACCAUUCGAGAUCUCAAUCUCCGAUCUCCGCCGUGAAUUCCUCCAACUACAAGGCCUCAUCCACCCAGACAAAUACCCCUCCGGAGAAGCGAAACAACACGCAGAAGCCCUAUCCGCCCGCAUCAACGAGGCGUACCGCACACUCGCCGACCCGCUUCAGCGAGCGCAGUACCUCCUCCGCGAAUGGCACGGCAUCGACGUCACGGCCGAAGACGCAUCGACUAAACACGCGCUUGAUGCGCAGACUUUGAUGGAGGUUAUGGAAGUGCAGGAGACUAUUGAGGAAGUGGGUGCGAGUCCGGAGGCGGAGGCGGAGAUUGAGGCUUUGAAGGCGGAGAAUGAGAUGCGGAUUAUGGGGGGGGAUAUUGAGGGUGCUAGACAGGAGUGUAUUCGUUUGAGAUUUUGGUAUAGUGUUGGUGAGGGUUUGAGGGAGUGGGAACCUGGUAGCACGGAGAUUCGUCUUGUGCAUAGUCACUGA